AUGGCGAGAGAUAAAGACGUGGCGUGGAAAAUUCAUGGACCGGAAAUCCACGAAAGAUUUCAUGGACUGUCCUUUACCGUAGAAAACACAAAAAGGGCUCAGUUGAAGAGUCUCGAAAAGAGAACAAGACGAAAUGUUAAAUUCCAACGAGCCAUCCAGGGUGCAACUCUUGAAACUAUUUUGGCCAAACGCAAUCAGAAGCCUGAAGUAAGAAAAGCACAAAGAGAGCAGGCAAUAAGAGCUGCUAAAGAUAAAAUCAGGCAAAAGAAGGAGGCUAAAAAGAUGACAAAGGCUGCACAACAACCAGUGAAGGCAAAAGCUCCAACAAAACAAAAAGGUGGAAGAAGUACAGGUCGUGUUGGUGGAAAACGUUGA